AUGGGAAAGCUUGGUGACCGCUCAGAAGGAGCAGAAGAAAUACAAGAUGUCGGAACGCAAGGUUCUCAACGUAAGUAGGAUUUGAUUUUACUGCCCUCCUGGCAAUAUGAUGAAGCAAUUUUUUAUUAUUACCUGAAAUAUUGAGAACAUAUUCUAAGAUAGUCGAUAAUGACGUAAUUACGGAAUGAAAUAAGCUAGGUGACCUGAUAACCUUGCCUCAGCUAAGCUCACUAAUUUAUAUGACCUGGGUUAUUUGAUUAUUCAACUUCCUGAAAGUGCAUGAUUGUAGACAAUGCAUAUAAGAAUUUUUUUUUUCGAGGAUAUUUUCAAGUCUAUCUUUCAUUGAAGGUCUUUCUCUCUACUGGUCAAUGUAUUUUCUUUAUAUUACUUUGUACUAAAAUAACUGUGAUUUGUGGAAUAAUUUAUUUCUGAUUGUGUUCUGUUUUCAACUUCGUGUUUCUUAUCUAUAUAUAUUAAAUGACGUGAUCAGUGCCUGACUAAUAAGAAAAAAUUAAUUGUAUAAAAUGCUACUAGACAAGAUUUUGGUAUACCCCCAUACUGUUUUUUGAUUAAAGAAAAUAGCAGUGGAAAUUUUAGAUUGCCUUUUAGACCGAGGCUUUGUUUUAAAAUAGCAUAGGGCUAGUAUAGUAUACAGAAACCUUACCUUCUAUUUGUUUAUAUAUCUAAGAGAGUAUUAAAAUUCAUCUCUUUUUUUUUUAUCCUAUAGAAAUAUUAUCCUCCAGAUUUUGAUGCCUCUAAAAUCCCUAAGUUGGGACUUUCUAGAGAUCGUCAAUAUGUUGUGAGACUUAUGGCUCCUUUCAACAUGAGGUAGGUUUUUGAAAGCAUGCCAAUCAAAGAGAGAUGCCAAUCUCUGGAAUUCUGAAUUGUGGAGAUGUUUGAUUUGCACUCGCUUCCUCCCUGCCCUCGCCUUUUAAUCCUAAAAGUUGUCUUGUGAAUCUUUUAUCUCGGUCUUUACCAACAACUUUAGGUCAUUUUUGUAUUAAUUUGUAAAUGUUGCUUCUGAAUAAUCAAUGGUAAAAAAAAUUUGAGACAUGAAACCAACCCAGUCCAUGAAACAGAUCUGUAUCACUUUUAUGGCUCCUAGAGAGUCUGAAACAAGUGUAAAUGGUACACGUAGAUCAACAAGAUAUUUGAUAAUUUGGCAGAGUAUGAAGGGGAGCUUCUUUGUUAGGUCACAGCUUUAAUAUUCAUGUCAAAAUUGUACUAAGAAGUUGUUUUGUUAAUGUACCUCAAAACAAGCAGUUUAUAACAAGAACAAAGCAGUUUAAUUGAAUGAACUACAGAACUUAGUACAACUGACCACUACGGGGAAAUAUCAAUAUGUCACAACAUUAACAGUAGUAUUUAGCUUUGUAUGUAACUUUAUUUUUAGGUGCACAACUUGUGGAGAGUAUAUUUACAAGGGAAAGAAAUUUAAUGCAAGAAAGGUGAGCACAUGGAAAGUGAUAUCCAGUGGUUCAAAGGUGCUUUGUUAUGGCACUUCAGUCUGAGUUUAUUAGCUGAUGAAGCUGUAAAACUGCAUCACAUAUGCACAAUGAUUGUCUUAAAAGCAUUUCCAGUCAUGUCUGUUACAAAAGUAUAAAAAUUGUGUACAUCAAGCAAUUAAGAGAAUAUGAUAUUUUUGCAACAAAAGAUAAGUUAGGUAGAAGUUACAAAUACUCUCAAAUGUCAUGGAAAAAGUUACAAAUGAAUAGGCUUGAAGAGGCUCAUAAUAUUCCUAAUGGUGGCUGGUAAUGUAGCUUUUUCCUUUGUCUAAUACACCAUUUGAAAGUGUAGUCUGAUUGUCAGACAACCUGAGCAAACAUCAUGAUCAGAAUCAAGAGAAUAUUGUUGUCAGUCGAAUAGUUGCUGUCAUUUACAUGUCUAACAUGCACAUGUCCUUGUUUCAGGAAACAGUACAAAAUGACACAUACCUUGGACUUCUGAAAUUUCGAUUCUAUAUUAGAUGCCCAAGAUGUAUAUCAGAGAUAACUUUUAAGGUAAAAGUUAGUCCAAAAGAGGGCUGUGCAUUUAAUUUUGUUUCUGACAAUAUUUUUGAUGAUCUUCAUUCUGCAUGGUAAACCUUGUUUGGAAAAAUAAUACUAAGGCAUUUUACUUUGUAUCAUGAUCUUUGUUCCCUUGGUCCCCAUGGCUGUUGUUGAGUCUCUCUUUUUUUCUUCCAUUUCUUUUUAUUUGAGUGUUGUUGCUGGCUGAUUAGUUAAAACCAUGGAACAUCUAUGGCAUCUUCCAGUAAUGUAUAAGCCUUCAAAAAAAAUGUUAUUAAGACACCAUUAUCAAUCAAAAUUAUUUUUACAUGUACUACCAUGCCCUUGUCUUGUAGGUUAAUUGAGUUUUAGGUCAAGCUAAUUUAAUCAAAAUGGGUUUUUCGUUUUGUAAGAUUAUAAUAGUCUGAACUUUAAUUUUUGAAUAUACAGUUAUUGGUUUCAAGAUAGCUCAAAUUUCAGUUUACUUAAAAUUUACUUCAAAAUGCAAUAUUGCACCAUUCUGUAGAUCUCAGGAGACAAAGAGGUUUCUUUGGCAAGCUUAAACUUCCAAUAUUCAUUUUGUUACUCUGAAGAUAAAUACAUUGCAUACUUGCAUAAUUGUUGCUGCCAAUGUUGAAAAUCUGGAAUUUUGAAAAUACUCUGUAAUUCCUUUGUUGAAGGGCUAAUUAAAUACUCAAAGUAUCAGAUUUCCAAACCUUUCUGCAGGAGUUAUUUUUGUGUUGAUAACUUCACAAAUGACAGUGUUAUUAUUGUAAAAUAAUAUAUAGAUUUAGCCAAGCCUAAAAGCGGAGCUUGCAUUUUUUUUCACCCACACGUCUUAAGGGCAUGACACCUUGCCCUGGCCAGGACUAGAACCCAGGUCGUCCAACUCGGAGCCCAGUGCACUGACCACUGGACUACUGAAAGUCGUGGCGUUGGUGUGCCCAUGGUACAGUUGACCACGCAUGUUAAAAGUAGCACCUUGUACGGUCAUACAAUCAUACAUCCAAAUUUUUUUGGCUUGAUGGGUUACUACUAUUUUGUAUAAAUAUGGGUCUAUGCUCUGCAAGCUCCACUAUUAUUUAUUAGUUGAAUUUCAACCUCAGGGCACAAUUAUAUUUGCAAAUUCCCAACCUUAUUGUCCAAUUUGUGGUGAAGUUUUUGCAUAAUUAGGUGUAAUUAUGAUGUACAUUUUUGUGUUCUUGUCCAAUUUGUAUAGACAGAUCCUGAAAACACUGAUUAUGUUUGUGAGAAUGGAGCAACAAGGAACUUCCAAGCCCAGAAGCUAAUGGAAGAUGAAGAGAACAGAAAACAAAAGGAAGAGGAAGAAGAAGAGCAAAACAAUCCAAUGAAGGUUUGACUGUUAUGAAGGUUUUGAUUAAAUGAAUUUAAUAAAGGAGGUUCCAAUAAAACACGACACUUAAAUCCUGAAGAGUGACUGGAAUCAAAUUUAUCCUUACAGCACCACUGCUGAAUCAAACAGUAUGGUCAUGAGAGUGAGGAAAAUGAUGGCAGUCUAAAAAAAAAGCUUGUGAUUGUCAAACAAAUUCUCCUUGUCAGUACUAUAGGAAAUGUGUAUGAAGCUGUAUGGAGAAUAUACAUAUUGAACUGAUGGUGUAAAAGGUUUAGAAAAAUGCUAAAUGACCUGAAGAAUGGGAAAGCGCUUAUAGCCAAGUUGUGAUUGAGUUAUAGCCUGAUUUGCAUAUCAGAGGAUGGUUUAGUCACAGAAAUACUGAAACAAAGUCAUGUAAUCUUGGAUUUCUUCAAUGCUCAACAAAAAAUUAGUUACAGGUGUCACAAAAACAACAAAAACUGAAGUUUCUAAUACAAAAAGUAUUGUUGUGACAAUCCCUUUGUUUUUUAUCCUGCCCAAAAAUAGUGUUUAGUGGGUCUGGGAAAACUAAGAAAUCUGUGGAAUUUAAUGUGAUUUUCCAGACAUGGAAAGUCAAGAAAUUUGAUUACAGGUCCCAAAAAGUCUGAGAACAAUGAAGGGAGAAAUGUAUUUAUUGAACAGCUAUUUUCACAUUUUUUUUCACACCAGUUUCUUCAUCACUGGGCUUGAAAACAUUAUUUAGGUUCUGAGGUGGUCAAGGUUAUAGAGAGUUAUUUUGAAUUUUACAAGUGUGAAAUUGUUUGAAUUCUGAGAUAUCACCCUUCAGUGACCAUUUGGGAAAAAGUGCCUAUGCAUGGAGCCCAGAAGUAAGAUAAAAACAUUUUUUAGGAUGCCCUCAUUUGCUUGAUGGUUUCUGUUACUAAAGAAACAUGAUUGUAGAAAUUAUCUUCAAUCUGUGCUAUAUGUACACAUAUUAAAUCUUUCAGGCCUUGGAGAAGAGAACAAAAGAGUCAAAACAAGAGAUGGACAUUUUAGAAAAGUUAGAAGAGUUACGGGAUCUGAACACAAGGCUUGCUAAUGGUAUGUGCUGAGUUUAAUUGUGAGGAAACCACUUGAUGAAUUACAGUUACCUCUUAAUUUUGUAGAAUUACAUUCUUGGGUGUCUCCAAUGCCUACCUGUAGAAAUAAACUUGGUCCUUUCCAAAAGUGACCAUUCAGACCACAAGGAUACUGGAAUCAGUUGUCUGGGUAUAAGAUGUUUCUGCUCAGCUUUUCUAAAUCAAGACAUGUAAUUCUGAUUUAGACUGUCAGGUUUCUCUCCAAGUUGUAGUUAUCUGGGCCAGUUAUUCAAACAGGGUUCGCAUUGGUCCUGGAAAACCCGGAAUGUCCUGUAAUUUUAUUUUGACAUUUUCCAGGACUGGAAUGGAAAAAGAGUACAGAUCCUGGAAAGUCCUUGAAAUCUGCUUAACUCGAGAAAUAAAGUUUUCAAAAUUUAUGUUAUAUGAAUUGCAGUGUAGGCCAUAAGGAGAAUUGAUUUUAAAAUCUUGGUAUGAAGGGUUCAAGGUGAAAUUUGGAGUCGUGGAAAAAUAAAUCAGAGUCCUGAAAAAGCCUUUGAAAAGUCCUUGAAAUUUGUCUCUGAAAAAGGAUACGAAUCCUGUUGACAGAGUGGGCCAUGCUAUGCUAAGGUUGAAUCACUACUGGUAUCCAGCAGAUAUACAACAGUUAACAUAUGACACUGCACUAUCCAAUGGAUAGAGAUUGGUUUAGUGGAUUUCAUUAUCCACCCUUUGAACAAUGGUGGCCUGACAAAGAACUUUCUUCUUGUUUUGUAGUUGAUUACGAUACCUUGUUGGAGCUGAAUGCAAAGGCAGCAGAAGAGAUGCGAGCCAAAGAAGAGGAGGAGGAUGAGCAGUUAGUCCAGUAAGCACAGCUUGGGUUGAUUUAAAUUAACAUUUAAUGUCAAAGCACAAAAGAUUGAUUGACUAAAAUUUGUCACAAGGAUGGAAGGUGGACAAUAAUGACUACCUUGCGAGGAUUCCAACCACAGCUUGUUCCCACUGCUUUAACAAAAAUCAGUUGUAUACAAGGAUGAAAUUUUAGUCACACUUGAAGAAGCAGUUCCUGUUGCUGUACUUAAGUUUCUGGCCACUAUUACCAACACAGAGCAACUUACAUUUUGACUCUUAGAACAAGUACCCCAGGGUCCAUCAUUAGUUCUUGACUGUUAAAUAAUGCCAGUUAAUAAAUACUGGUAACUUCACUUUUCUCUGGGUGCAACAAAAACUGGAAGAAGUGAAAGAAUCUAAGGGAAUAAAAGCUUUGAAUUGACCUCAUAUAUAAUAAAUUCCACCUCCUUAUCCCAGUAGAAUGGGACAAUGCAGGAGCUGGUUUAUAGUUUGAUCUAAAUACACUAACUUAAAUUCUUGAAAAACAAUUUUAGAUCCAUAUUUGGUAACCAGAAGAUCCAGAGAAGAUUGGAUGAUGAAAGUGAUGAUGAUGAAGAGGAAGGAGAACAGAAGUCAACCGGAAGAACUGAGAAAAGAAAAGCCACAGACAUUUUGGCAGAGGUAAGUGCUCUCUCACUGCAUCUUUCAGUAACAUGUGAACUCUGAGGUACAGAGCCAAUUACAUUACAGAACCAUUUCCUUUGAAACUGCACAUUCUCCCUUAAAGAGGCAUGCAACAUCGAGCAAUUAGGGAAUGUAACAUGCAAUUUUCAAUGAUGCACACUUUAGUACUGUACUCAAAGUUCAUGUUUGCGAAAAGAUAAAUUAUACAGUAAUUUGCAAUGAGAACAUGGAGUUCUAGGAUACCAAUGAACAUGUGUCAAGUAAUCAGUGGAAUAAGAUACUUUUUGUUUUAUCAACUGAGCUGAUAAUGUACCUGAAAUUGGCCACCAUCAAGAGUUUCAAAGCUGAUGUUUUGUUCAUUGGUCUUUCGUCAGAGCAAAUGGAACAAUUUGGUUGGCUUUUAAAAAGUUUGGAAUACUGGGUAUUCUUCUUGUUAUAACUAGGUAAAAAUGCCAAGACUGCACACCUUUUUUUUUUUUUUUUUUAACUUGAAAACACAUUUCCCUCCUGAUUGUAAUUAUUUUGUUAAAUUAUGGAACAACUUGAAACUGAGCAUGAUGUAGAAGUCAAAAGUCAUUGUGUUCUUUCCUGACUUUAAUUUUCUGAUUGAAUUUUUUUUUUUUAAUUUCAAUUUGUCUUCAGGAUGUCUCCCACACCACAACUCAACCAGCUCAGAAAAAACAAAAGACCUCAAGUAAUGUUAGCAUUGGGAAAAUGCAGAACAAAUCACUACUGUCAUCAUUAGUAAAAGUCAACAAGGACAAAGCUAAAGAACAAAAAGCUGCAGGAAAAGCAGUGGUAAAGCCAGGAACUACCUCCUCUGAACAGAGGGAUGUGAUACAAAAUUCUCACAAAGACACUGUUGAGAGAGAAGAUGUUAAUAGAGCUGGAAAAAAUGAAUCAUCACUUGGAUUGUUAGGGAACUACAGUAGUAAUAGUGAGGAUUCUGAUAACUAGGGUCAAGAAUACAUGCAAAUGUUUCAAAUAAUGACACAUGCCCCCAUACCUUUUUUUUUUUUUAUUUAGUAGAUAUUGAUUAGAAGGGGAAGAGUCCAAAAUCAACAUAUUACAGUAUUCAAUCGCAGGCUCUCCACAUAAAGUUUUAUAUUAUGUUGGAUGUGUACCACUGGGAUUAUAAGGGACUCUUGUACAUAAUUAAUUCUACUCUUCCCUUUUAAACUUUUACCUGUGAAAGGAGUUUGAAUAAACAAAUAAAUAUACAAG